AUGGGCACGUCCUGGUACUUGAGCGCGGCCCCGGGGGACGUCAACCUGGCAAAGGCCCUGUACAUUGGCCAGAUGUGGUACGAUGCCAGGGCGAGGACGAGGAGGCGGCUCGUCUCGUCGAGGGCGGCGGUGUCGCCCGGGCGCAGGAGGACGACUAGGGCGACGAGGUUGGUAGCCACGAGCGCGCCACCCAGGUUGGCGCACACCAGGUCGGCCUCGCGCUGGACGUCAGCGUGGUCGGCGCCCCGGAUCCGCAGCUGUCUAGCCAAUGCUGUGUCGCAGUGGCAGCACUAG